AUGAUUGUUUGUCGUGUGGGCUAUCCAAAGCUUCCACGUGCAGAGCAUCGAGCUGUGCUGAAGCUUUUCAAUGGCUCCUGUGAUUACUCACUCAGUGAAUGUGCAGAAGUUGCGAAAUUUCUGGGUCUUUUGCAACCACGGAGCGCCUGCAACUUUGCCAGCCACCAGUGGAAUGAACAACAAAGCCAGCGUUUGUGGGAAGCAUUGAGAGACCAGAAAGUAUUGAGCAGGAACGGUUUUGUGAAAGAGGUCCCAGACGUGGAUGCCAAACUGAGAGAGGCUGUGGAAACCGCCUUGGAGCAAAGAGAGGCAAAUUAUGCUUUAAAGAUGGUUUGGCUUCACCACCUGCUGACUCAGAUUUCAACAGGACGCAAAAAUCCUGCAGAAAUUGUGCCAGAAUUCGUGAGACUCCGACUACAAGGUCAUUGUUUCCAAGGAUCCAGCCUCGAGGAGCUCUUAGACCUUUGA